GUGAGCCACCAAGACCAAUGGCAUUAUCAACCUUCAAGUGCCUUAUUUCUAUCCUUUUCCUCACUCUUCUUGUCACUAAAGGGUCUUGCGAAGUAUGCAACUUGAACAACAUCACUAUUGGGACAAUAAGAACUGGGAGAGUAAUACAAGGGAAGUCUGAGUGGAAAGUGAUUGUGGUCAACAACUGCUCUUGUGCACAGAGCCAUAUACGGUUGUCUUGCCAAGGGUUUCAAAGUGUUGAAAAUGUUAGCCCUUCAAUUUUUUCAAAGAGUGGUGAUAGUUGCCUCCUCAUCAAUGGAAAUCUUUUGAAGGCUAAGGGUACCAUCACCUUCACUUACGCCUGGGAUCCUCCAUUUUUGAUGUUUCCCUUGAGCUCUAUCAUAGGUCCUUGUUAAGGAAAAUAAUAGAAAAAAAGAAGUGAAUCAAAGCAGGUAUAUCAAAUU